AUGUCGAGAAAGGCCAACGAGUUUACGAGCGCUGCCGCCGUGCAGGCCCAAGAUCCAGCGGUGCGGAUGUCUGCGUCCUGGCAAAACCACAGAGUUGCAUCUCCCGCGAUGGUACAGUCACUCGCACCUCUGGGGGCAGCCGAGCAGACGUCCUCCACCGCGUCUAUUCGCUCUCGCGCAGUUAGUGCAGAAGAGAACUCUACACAGACGCCAAGCAGCACUGCGCAGAGGAUUGCAGGGUGGAUAGAAAAGACUCAACAGGCCUCGCGGGCUGUCAUCGAGGACGCAGGUAGUCCCAAGCCCGUCGUGGACGACGGCAGCCCCAAGACGCUCUACGCCAGGGACGCCAGGCACGAGUUAAUACGCCUGAUGGCGAACCACGCAAAGGACACGUUGAUUGAUGUAGACAGCGCCAAGGCUCUGAUUCCACUCACUAUCGUUGGCAGCGGCACCACGGUAGUUAGGUUCAACGGAGAGGCUGGCAACAUUAUCAAUGCCGUUGUGCAGCUGAAGGACCACCGCUACGACAAGUUCGUGAAGAGGACGAACUGCUACGGCAUGUACUUACAAGUGGAGCUGCGCAACCACUACAAACUCGACAGCAACAUUUACAGCGCGAUGGGCACAGAAGCUGUUGCGGCCGCGACGCAGGCACGCGAGUACGCUGACCUCGACACGUGGCGAGACACAGAGAACUCCGGCACGCUUAACGGCAUCGACGAGAGCAGCAGCCCCGACUUCUCCUCAGAGGACGAGAGAAGCAGCCGCUGGUCGAACUUCUGGGACUCCGUUGCUCCGCUGUUCGACAACAGCGCGAUGUGCAAGGUGCUGCAGAGCGUCUCCAUGCGUGUGGACAAGGCCCCGGUAACGGAGUCGUACUAUAUCAUUCUCCGCUCCACCACGGCGCAGGCCUUUCAACACACGGAGUAUCACGCGAACUCGACCGAGUUCCACCCCACGCGCAGAGAGGACUCGCCCUAUACGUGCGAGCUGAAUGUGUUUUUCGACCAGGAGCCGGCGGUGAGGCUGAAGUGGCGGCAGUUCACCUUUGCCUUGGUCUUGCCGCUGCUUGUGCUCUUUCUGCCACUGCCCUUCACAAUGCGGCGGGCAGACCUCGUGCAGCAAUACAUGAUGGACUCCAACUUCGCGGAGUGGAUGUGGAUGCCGCCGCUGCUGCUGCGCAAGAAAAUGGUUGAAACGCUGAAGGCGGGCGUGGAGUGGGUUGUGAGUCUCCGCUCCGCCUAUCAGCAGCAGAUAAUGCGGAAUCACCUGUUGCGGCAAGAACAAGCACACCAAGGCACAGGAGUAGCGCAGUCAGCCGCUGAGCAAGAGCAGCCGUCACAUCAGACGGGAGUACAGCGCUUUGGAUGGGGCACGGCCACCCGUGCGGCGCCGUCGCUAGAGUCGCAAGAUCUCACUGACUUCUCCGCAGCAGCAGGCGGAGAUGUGCAGGCAGAGCCACUGCCCGAGUCUUGUACGAAACAUUAUUUCCACGAGGAGGAAGCAAACACCAGCAUAUGUAGCCAGAGCAACACCCACUCCAAGUUCUCCCUAGCAUCCAUUGGGUCAGGUUUCGAUGAGCCACACGAUAGCGCCUACCAUCACCGCUGUCACCAACAAACUGGCGGCAGCAGCAAUGCUGACACCGUGUCGCCGCCUCACUCGGCAUGCUCCCAAGACCCACUCAUGGAGGACGUUAGUCGCCCCUUCUCUACGACAGGCUGCACCCGUUGGCAUUGCCAGCAUGCGCGGGAAAGCAGUGCUGCAUGCGAAGCUGCCAGAGCAGUAUCAGUGCACGUUCCGCCUUCGCCAGAUGCUGCUGAGUAUUGGCGGGAAGACAAUCAGAGUGGGCCGCGCGCGCGAAGCAACGGACACGAUGUGCUCUUCACCGCUGAGGAGCUAGCCGAUGCUGGGCGAAGCCUUCCUACACGCAAGCAGCACCAGCACGCGGCAAGUGCGCCACAGAUGAGCGUGAACGAUGCUAUGCAAACUACGUCAAAGCGACCUCGUGAAGAAGAGGAGGCUAUGGCGUCAUGCGAGGGCGCAGUUGACGGCGCGCCAAUCUCAGGAACUUCUGCCCCCAUCCGUGCUGGCAUCGCUGCAUCACCGGCCGCCACAGCAGCGACGUGUGGACCUGCACCGGCAUCGAGCGCUGCAAAAUCCUCGCCAGACGAGGAGGAAGAAGAGUCAUUCUGCCGCAUAUGUCGCGAGGGCGAAGACGUCGCGCCGCUCAUCGUUCCUUGCGCCUGCACUGGCUCGGUCCGCUUCGUGCACCCCACGUGCCUUGACCGCUGGCGGAUCGAGAGCGCGAAGCGCAACUUGGCGAACGUCAACCACUGCGAAAUCUGCAAGGAACCCUUCCGUGUGAACAUCCAGCGAUCGAUGCUGCUAUGGGAGAGCUCGCAACACAUUCUGAACGGCAUCUGCUUGUUUUUGGCGUGCUUCGUCCUGCUUGUUGCGGCGACGACGCUAACGCACGUCACGCUUGGUGAGCUUUCGUGCUCGGCGAGUUACCAUCAAGUCGCCUACAACACCAUGUUCCGCUUCGAGGGGCUCUCACUGACGUUGUUUGUCUACUGCCUCGUGGUGCUGCUACUGUUAUAUGCUAACUUAAUCGUCUACAGCUGGUUCCGUAGUCAGCCGGAUGUGGAGGAGUACGUGGAAGAGAUGCACAUUACUCCUCCCUUCUACACGCGGCACAACGUACUCCUCAUCGUGCUCGUGGGCGUUGUACUUCUCAUGCAGGCACAAGCGAUGGGAUACCUGCUCAAGUACCUCCUGUACACGACGAGUCACCUUGCUUGGAAUUGGGAAACAUCCCCGCUGAUAGGUGGCAUUCUCUUCUCGUUAUUCAGCACCUGCACGGUCACCCUCUGCAGCUGGGGACGGUACAUGUACGUAGAGCAUGUUGUCAACCGCGGCCGUGGUGAUGCGCCGACAACUGAUGUCGUGGUAGAGACCAUCGGCGACUCGGACCGUGCAGAGAUAGUGGCGGACACCAACAACGAUCGUGCUGCCCCUACGUUACUGACUCAGCCGAUCACUGCGCCAGCCACGAUUGCGUCUUCGGCGUCUCCGACGGGAACGGCUGCCUCCGCAGCACCUCCACCUCCACCACCGCCUUCCUCUCCCGCCCCCCCUGACGCCGCUGCGUCGUCGCCAGCGCCACCGACAGCUCCCCGCACUGUAGAGCAGCAGUACUCAGCAGGUGAGGAUACGGACUACACUCGACACUUCACGAUACCGCCAGACCAGCGCGUCAUUCGCGCCUUCGAGUACUGCCCGCCGCGGAGGAAGCUGCCGAAGUGA